AUAUUUGAAUUUGAUUUAUAAUUUAUUAAUUCGCACUGUUGUGAGCUUUAUUGUCUCAAUGGAAUUAGAAGAUGGUUUCGACGAUUUACUUGCUGAAAUUAGUGAACCAACAUCUCCAAAGCAGCUAAAACUUGAAUCCGAAACUUUACAUCAAGUUCAACCUGGAACAUCAAAAGAUCCUGUUACCAAACCCGCAUCUUCAAAGACGCACUGUGUACUAGUUAAUCAAAAACAGAGAGGUAAUCCAGUACUAAAGUUCAUCACAAGUGUACCGUGGGAAUAUGAUGAUAUAAUACCCGACUAUGAGGUGGGCAAAACUAUAUGCCUGCUGUUCCUGUCUCUCCGCUACCAUAACAUGAACCCCGACUAUAUACACAACAGAAUCAAGGAGCUCGGGAAGAAGUAUGAACUAAGAGUUCUAUUGGUUCAGGUAGAUCUAAAAGAACCCCACAGUUCACUAAAGAACUUAACCAGGAUAUGUCUUUUGACUGACUUAACGCUAAUGUUGGCAUGGAAUCCAGAGGAAGCAGCUAAAAUCAUAGAAAACUAUAAGAUUUAUGAAAACAAACCACCUGACAGGAUCAUGGAAAAGAUUGAGAAUGAUCCACAUCAGAAGGUGAUAAAUGCAUUAACGACAAUAAAACCAGUCAACAAAACCGAUGCUAUGACGCUUAUAUCAAUAUUCGGUACGUUAGAAAAUAUGAUAAAAGCAUCGGAGGCAAGGCUCGCCGAAUGUCCUGGGUUCGGAGCUACGAAAGCAAAGAAACUAUACAAAGCUUUACAUGAACCGUUCUUAAAACGAGCUAAUGUUGAUAAAAAUACUAAUAAGAAUGAUUUCGAAGGAGAUAUAAGUAUAGAAGAUAUAGAAAAACUAGAAAAUGAUGUUGAACAAAAUGAGGAAGAGAAACUAGCGAGUACUGAAGAAGUUCCGUCGAAAAGCUGAUUGUAAGUUCAACUAAACGCCGGUAGAUGGCGCAAGCUCACAAGUGUACUUUUAAAUAGGUUUUGUGAUUUUGUGCCUGACUGAAGAAAUGUAUCAAAUCUUACCAAGGCAAUAAUAAGUGAUUCAUAAAUAAAUACGGUAAUUUCAGUACCGAAUUAAGAAUACGGCAUCCUAUUAGGAAUAAUUUUAUGAAGUUUUCUGUGUAAAUAUGCAUGUAGAAUUUGUUUACCCAGCUAAGAUUUUAAUUUGUAAGAAAAUUGUGUGAAAUCCCUUUUUAUGUUAUUUUUUAAUAUUUAUUUGUUUAUCAAUUUAUCAAAACGUUUGUUGUUAUGAACCAAAACAAUUUGUUGCUCGCUACACAAAAUCAAUAAACAGGUUUUUAUCAA